AGGACAACACUGACUCCUGAAAAAGACAAAAAAGCAGAACCGAAAACAAGAAAUAAAAAACUUUGAGAACUUUUUUUUUUAACAAGAGAAACCACACCAAAGACCACUUAAUGAAACUGACCAAUGAACUCUUUCUUCAGGGUUUGUUAUCUUUUUCUUAUUGUGGGAGGGUUCAACUCCCACGUCGAGCUUCCUUAAUCAGUCAAGUGUUACAGUUCCGUCUAGACUGUGUGACUAGAAGAAAGAAGAGAUUGUUUUGUCAGGAUUUCGUGCAGUUUGUUUUACUUUUCCUAAAGAAGAGAGGACCUCAUCUUCACUGAAGGCGUUGAGACACCUGGUUGGUCCAGGGGAUGGGGGGGUGCUCCCUAAAUUCAAAGAUGUGGGUGCAGAUUUUGGUUGGUUUGAAUAUCAUCUCGAAAGCACAUGGGUUUUCAGGGGGCAUUUUCCCUCAGUCAUGUGGAUCCCUUUUACCUGAACAUGAUGCAUUUCGUCCUGAAACAUCCAACCCUCCCUUUGCUGUCGCGUUUGAAUUCAGCCGGCACCCCGGUGACCCGGUUACAGUGGUACUGAGGAGUGAAGGAUCCACUCGGUUUAGAGGGUUCAUGCUGGACGCACAGAACAGUAGUUCUAUUUCUUCAAGCUCACCUGUUGGUCAAUUUCUACUACUUGACUCUGACAUAAGUCGACUUUUGGACUGUUAUGGUUCGAAGGGUACUGCGGUCAGUCAAAAGAACAAUCAGGCAAAGUCUCAGGUGAAGGUUAACUGGACCGCAGAGGGUGAGGAGAAAGACGUCAUCUUCAGGGCCACGUUUCUUGAGAGAUUUGACCGUUUUUGGGAUCCCAUCAGCGUCCAUUUACCCAGAUUUACCACGACCAUGGAGCCAAGCAGCCCAGAGCCAAGCAGCCCAGAGCCAACCACUAAGACAGAUGUGACUCAAACUUGGGAACCCACACCAAAAAACAGCAGUGAACACACCAAGAAAGUUGCCAUCUUACUGAUGUGUUUGGACAGCAUUGUGGAGGAAGUAAAAAUGGAAGUUUUCAAUAUUCAGACAUUUUUGUUCGCCAGCAAACCCUUUAACUUUGGUUUGAUUAAGAUGUCACUUCUGAUCACCAGCUCGCUGGUGUUUGCAGCAGAUGUGGCGUCACUUGUUUUAUUCCGAGUGUUUCCCUUUGAGGUCGCUCCUGUCGCUCUGGUGAGUGUGUUGGUCUGCUUCGCUUCAGUGGAGCUGCUGGCGGCUUUCAUGCCCAUCGGACCCAGUCAUGAGCUGAAGCCGAUCUGGGAACUCGUUUUACGGGGCUGUUUUGCUCUCCACCACAUCCUCACAACUGCUGUCAUUUUCCUUGGAGUCGUCCGCUCCACGGAUGUCGACAGGAGUCAGAACGGAGGCCGGUCCUGGACCCUGAUAGUCAUGGUUGCGUUCUCAGUUUGGAUUUUACUGACUCAGAUUUGGAAUUUGGUGCUCUGCUUCCUCAAACAAACUAUUCUGGACAGAAAGCAAACAGAUCAGUCAAAACCUACCAGGCGGAUCAGAACGAGGAGUCUCAGUGCAACAACAGUGGCCUUGAUCAUCACGUCUGUAACCCUCGCCGUGGGAACUGCCGCAUUCGCCAUCGCCGUGAUCUUUGGCAUUAUGGAGGAACCUUAAUCUGUUUGAAAAAACAAACAAACUUUUGUGACACCGACUUCAGAUCAUCUCAGUGACAUCACAGAAAAAGAACAAGGAACUGAAUCCUGCUUACGGUCAAAACUGGGUCAUUGCUCAUCAGCUGACUGUGUUUUAAGGAAACUCAAUGAAGCCGCUAACUAACUGACUUCUUAUCAGUGUGUCCAUAAUGUAAAUCAUUUACUGGAGUUCGACUCACCUACUGAACAUGCAGUCUGGCUCCAGGGCUCACCCUUACAAACAGAUCAAUCAAAAGCUGAAUUUUUGAUUUGCAACUUCAAAGAAAAUGUGGCCUAAAGCCUGACUGCACAUGAGAACUGGACUGAGCGCCCCCCCCCCUGGCUUUCCAAACAGUAAGUACCCGCUUCAAUUGAGAAGUAAAGUCAUUUUAUUGGUCAGGAUAAUCAUUCUUGCUCUGAUUCUAUUUAAAAGUCCUUGAUAAUCCUCAUUUUUUUAUAUUUAUUCUGUAGUUAUAGUUAUAAACUGACCAAUUCGAUGCCUCAAUAAAAGUUAUUUUAUUUGCACAGAUUUCAAGCGGUAGGGGCGUGGCCUUUCAACAGGCUCACUUCUGUUUGGUUUCUAUAGAAAGGGUGACUCAGAAAUAUUCGAACCCCUGCUCACUGAUGACGUCUACCAAUGGUGACGUCACACUCAGUCCAGGUCUCUGAUACAGUCGACGUUCCAACACUUUUCACCCUAAAAAAUAAGAAAAGACAUGGAUUGGUCAAUUGUUUAUGCAUUUAAGGCAGCGUUAAGAUCCUAUGGUGCUCAUGAAUGCAGGGUAGAAGCAGAUCAGAGUAUUUGGAAACUUCAAGUGUGCACUUGUGUUUAUUCUGAGGUUAAAUUUAUUGAUAUAUUAUGAUCAAUCAUUAAACAAAUGUUCUGUUUGAGUCCUCGACUUCCUGAA